AUGACCAUGACAUUGAAAGAGCCAUCACGACAUACUAUCAAUGUACCCACCACAUUGGAUUUGCGACCACCAGUAUUCCUGACCGGAUCGCAUGUUAGAAUUGAAUGUGUCAGCGACGGUGCCCUCCCCCCAAUCCCUAUUGCUUUCAGCAUUGAGUGCCCCCCACCACCUACUGCCUUGGUUGAAUUAGAUCGAGUUGGGCAAGCCAAGCAGAAUUUGCCGUACGAACGAUUUUACCAUACCUACGGGUUCCGGUCUCCUCCUACUUUGUCCGACCUGGCUCCAUACGUCGCUCGCAAAAAUGCCGACCACCUGCUGCGGCUGGGUCAUGUGUUUGUGGGCAAGGACAACAAGACGUUGAGAGCUACUCUGUCAAUCAGUCAAAUCGCACAUGAUUGUCACGUCGUAUGUCGUUUGGCUGGAAAGGAGACGCGCCGUCGAAUGACAGUUUAUUAUCCCACUACAACCGCUUAUUUACUCCCGCGUCCACGCGAUGGCUACGUGAAUGUGGGAUCCGAGAUCACAUGCCACGCAGAUGGCUACCCACCACCUACCAUUUCACUCCGUCUUUCUCAACCGCUGCGUCCACGAAAGCCCCUUUCUCCAGAAGAAAUCGAGGCUUUACGGAAAGGAGGUCUGAUACCCAAGGACAAUGAGAUCACGGACGUGAUCAGUAAGGAAAUGAUGCUUGCCCAAACAGGAUUAGACAUUAUCCCACAACAGCUCAAUCCUUCCGGGCCGAACGAACCUAAAGAAGGCGAACCAGUUGCUUCUUCUGGCACGCUUCAUCAAGUCCCGGUGGGUAAUUAUGACGGUUGGUUCAGCGGUCUGGACAAAGAACCGUACGAGGAAGCGUCUCGCAUCCCUGGUUCCGGUCUUUCUGCUCUUCCACCUCACGGCCAACUUGGUUUGAAUCCAAAUGAAUAUAGUAUACAAGGUGCCACGUUCCGUUUGGCACCAAAUGCUACCCCAGGUGUUGAGCUGAUGCUCACUUGUCUUGCUCGGAAUACAUUGCCCGGCGAUACGAGUUUUCUUAGCCUUAAUGGAACAGUGACCAGAAUGCGAUUUGUCGUUGCCGGUAGGUUGCACGAAGUGCGUUUUCCUUGGAUUCCUCAUGCGUUCUUGUUCCUUUUAACCUUCCAAUGUUACUGUAUUAUUAACUCGCAAACAGCAUUUAUUGAAUAG